AUGUCAGCACAACUGGAUCUACCAGAAAACACAGAUGACUGGACAACGGAGGAUGUAAACACAUGGUUAGAAAAGCAUAAAAUAGACAAAAAAUACAGAGAAACAUUGGUUGCACAAGAUGUGAAUGGUGCUGUCUUAAAGUGUUUAACUAAAAUGCACCUUGUUGAUAUGGGUAUAAAACAUGGACCAGCUAUCCAAAUAGAAUACUUGUUCAAAGUUCAGAAAACAUCCUCUGAAAAUCCUAUCCUGACACAAAAGAGGGAUAAUAGUAAAAAUAUUCCUGAAGUGCAAACUUUGAUUCAAGUGGAAGAUGGAAAAAAGUCAAAGAAAUCAGAAAUAGUUGAUGCUGCUAUAAUAAAUAAAGUUGACAAAAGUUCUACAUUGCUUAAAAAUGAGUUUGAAGAAGAUGAUAUAAAGGAAAAACAGAGAUUCACAGAACUGACAUGUAUAGCAUACCCUUUUGAUGAAUUCAGUAACCCAUAUUGUUAUAAACUGAAUUUUAUUCUACAGCCUGAAACAGGACCACUCAAUCUUAUUGACCCAAUACAUGAAUUCAAGGCCUUCAAAAAUUUUGAAAAUGGCACAAAAGAGGACAAAAUGAAAUUUAGCAAUGAAGUGUUUCGAUUUGCUUCAGCUUGUAUGAAUUCACGUACCAAUGGCACCAUUCAUUUUGGAGUAGAAGACACCCAUGGAAAAAUUAUUGGCGUAAGAUUCACUGCUAUCUCCAAGGAAGUCCUUAUUGAUCACUUCAACCAAAUGAUUCAACAAUAUUUUGAAGUUCAUCAGGUCCAAGCAAAGAAUUGUAUACGAGAGCCAAGAUUUGUUGAAGUGUUACUGCCAAACAGUACUCCAUCUGACAGAUUUGUUAUAGAAGUGGAUAUCAUUCCAAAAUAUUCUGAAUGUGAACAUGACUAUUUCCAUAAAAUGCAAAUUUUAAAUAAUAAAACAUGGACUCAAAAAGCAAAAUUUUCAGUCUUUGUGAGAGAUGGUGCCAGCUGUAAAGACCUCAUGAAUAAUAAUUAUGAUUUUAAAGUGUUUAAAUUAGGUGUAAAGGCAUUAGCAGAAUCUAGAAAAGAUGCAGAAGAAAAAUUCAGACUAAAAAUAAACAGAAAGGAGAGUGAGGGACCAAAGCUUGUUAGAUUGUUGACGGGAAACCAGGACUUGUUAGAUAAUUCAUACUACAAUUUAUACAUUCUUGUAAUAAAUAAAUGCCAUCAAAAUCAAAUAAAACAUUUAGAUUUCCUAAAGGAAAUUAAAUGGUUUGCUGUAUUGGAGUUUGAUCCUGAAUCUGCAAGCAAGGGAGUAGUCAAAGCCUAUAAAGAAAGUCGAGUAGCAAACCUUCACUUUCCAAGUCAAUUUGUGGAAGAGAAAACUACAACAGAUGAAAAGAUUUCUAGUCUGAAUCUUCAUCAACAAUCCAGCUGGAUUUUCUGCAAUGGCAGAUUAGACCUUGACAGUGAUAAAUAUAUGCCCUUAGAUCCAAGUUCUUGGCAAAAAGAAAAGGCUUCUGAAGUCAGAAAACUGGUCUCAUUUCUUACACAUGAAGAUGUACUCCCCAGAGGGAAGUUUUUUGGUGGUAUUCUGUUGCUUUCCUCUGUAGAGGACCCAAGAGACCCCCUUAUUGAGACCUUUUGUUCUUUCUACCAAGAUCUCAAAGGACUUGAAAAUAUAUUAUGUAUCUGUCUACACUCACACCUAUGUCAGAGAUGGAAGGAUCUACUAGAGGCAAGAUUAAAAAUGCAGCAAGAUGAAUUAUCAAACCAAUGUAUUUCUGCUUUAAGUCUUGAAGAGAUAAAUGGCACUAUUCUUAUUAAAUCUGUGACUCAACCUGAUAAAAGAUUUUUGCCAUCUAUUGGUUCAACUACUGUACUUCUUAAAAAGGAGGAAGAUAUCAUGACUGCUCUGGAAAUUCUCUGUGAAAACGAAUGUGAAUGUACUCCCUUAGAGAAAGACGAAACUAAAUUACUUGAGUUUAAGAAAUCAAAAGAGGAAGACUUUUAUCGAGGUGGUAAAGUAUCUUGGUGGAACUUCUAUUUUUCUUCAAAAAACUAUGCUUCACCUUUUGUCAAAAGGGAAAAAUAUGAAAAACUUGAAACAAUGAUUCAAAACUGGGCAGAUUCUUCUAAAUCAACAUGUGUAAAAAUUUUUCAUUUGUAUCAUCAUCCAGGUUGUGGUGGGACCACCUUGGCUAUGCAUAUUCUCUGGGAUCUAAGGAAGAAAUUCAGAUGUGCUGUUCUAAAAAACAAGACAGUGGAUUUUUCAGAAAUUGGAAAACAAGUUACUGACUUAAUUACUUAUGGAACAACAAGCCAUCAGGAUUAUUUACCUGUAUUGCUCCUUGUUGAUGAUUUUGAAGAACAAGAUAAUGUCUAUCUCCUGCAGUCUUCUAUUCAAACAGCAGUUUCUAAUAAGCAUAUUAGAUAUGAGAAGCCCUUAGUCAUCAUCCUAAAUUGCAUGAGAUCACAGAAUCCUGAAAAAUGUGCAAAGAUCUUCCCAAACAGUAUAGCCUUAAAACAACAACCUUCAAUGGAACAGAGGGCUUUUGAGCUUAAAUUAAAAGACAUUGAAAAGCAACAUAAAAACUUCCAAGAUUUUUAUUCUUUCAUGAUCAAAACCAAUUUUGAUAAAAAGUAUAUAGAAAAUGUGGUCAGGAAUAUUCUGAAAGGGCAGAAUAUCUUUACAAAUGAAGCAAAGCUCUUUUCUUUCCUGGCUCUUCUCAAUUCAUAUGCAGAGACAAACAUUUCACUAUCAAAAUGUGAACAAUUUGUAGGAAUCACAAACAAAAAGGCUUACUGGGGGACAGAAAAACUUGAAGAUAAGAUGGGUACCUACUCUACAAUUCUGAUAAGAACAGAGGUGGUAGAAUGUGGGAAUUACUGUGGAGUGCGCAUUAUUCACCCUUUAAUUGCCAUUAGUUCAUUGGAAGAAUUGAAAAUAAGCUAUUGCUUGCAUAAAAGCGAAAUUAUGUUGGCUAUGCUAAGAGAAAAAUUUGUUCUAUGAUACUGGCAUAGGAAAACAAAAUUCAUCCAAGAUAUGCAAACACUGCUACUCACAAGACAACGCUAUGAACAGGAAGGUGAGACAGAAACUUGGUUUUCCCCAUUUAUUGAAGCAUACACAGAGAUGAAGGGAAUGAUGCUGUUAAGAAAGUAUUGAAUUGAAGGUAUCCACAGGUUCAAACAAAAUGCUUUCAUUUGCCAAGCUUUGACAAGACACUUUUACAUUAAAGAGAAGGACUUUAAAAGUGCUCUAUACUGGGCAAAACAGCAAAAAAUAGAACCUUAUAAUUCUUAUAUCUCAGACACACUAGGUCAAGUCUAUAAAAGUAAAAUAAGAUGGUGGAUAGAUGAUAAUGGACGAAACAGAACUAUUUCAGUUGUUGAUCUAACUGAGCUUUUACAGUUAGCAGUAGAUGCCUCCAAUGCAUUUAAAGAAUCUCAAAAGCAAAGUGAAUACAAAGAAUGUGAAGCAAAGGAAUGUCUUAUCAGAAUGUCAAAAAGACGAUAUGAUACUUACAAUAUAGCUGGUUACCAAGGGGAAAUAGAAGUUGGACUUUUCACAAUCCAGAUUCUCCAGUUCAUUCCUUUUUUUGACAAUAAAAAUGAACUGUCUAAAGGUUUGAUCAAUUUUAUAUCAGGAAUUAAUGAUAUUCCUGGAGAUGCCAACGAUGAAUUUAAAUUAGUCCUCAAUAACUUUAUUCCUUAUCUAACUACAUUAAGCUUUCUUUGAAAAAGUUCUUUUGAUUUUUUUGAUGAUUAUUUUGUUCUUUUAAAACCCAGAAACAACAUUAAACAGAGUGAACAAAUAAAAACACGGAGAAAGGUGGCUUUAUAUUUUAAAAAGUAUGCAGAUAUAUUUGAUAUCUUUGAUAAAUCACAAAACAAAGAUUUUGGAUCAAAGCUCAGUUUGCCACUUCAAGUAGAGAUGAUUCGGAGUAAACUAGAAAUUUUAAAAGCAGACAAGAUUUCUGGACUUUUGGAAUAUCUUAUAAAAAGUCCAGACCGUGCUUUACAAACUAUGGAAGAUAUAGUAGCCCAAUAUACUUCUCUGUUGGAACAAUCUACGGUCAAGAUUCAGCCAAAGGAAAAACAAAAUUUUAUCUUGGCCAACAUAGUUCUCUACUGUAUUAAACCGAAUUCCAAAUUUGUCAGACCAGUGAAAAAGCUAAAAGAGCAGCUUCGAGAAGUUUUGCAACAAGUGGGAACAAAUUAUAGGUUAACAGAGCCUUAUUUCUUAGCUUCCCUCUUAUUCUGGCCAGAAGACAAUCAUUUAGAUAAAGAUUCUAAACAAAUGGAAAAGUAUGCUCAAUCACUGGAAACUUCUUUCAGGGGACAAUAUAGGCAUAUGAAUCGUACAAAACAACCAAUUGCAUAUUUCUUUCUUGGGAAAGGUAGAAAUAUAAUUAGACUUGUUCACAAAGGAAAUGAUCAAUGCUUUGAUGAACUAGAUACUAAAUCUUGGUGGCAAAAUGGAAAGAUAUGGAAAGAGGAAAAAGUCCAAGACCUUUUGCUUCGUUUAAAGGGACGAGCUGAAAAUAAUUGUGUAUACAUAGAAUACGGAAUCACUGACAAAAUAACAAUACCCAUCACACCAACUUUCUUUGGUCAACUCAGAAGUGGCAGGAGCAUAGAAAAGGUGUCUUUUUACCUGGGAUUUUCCAUUGGAGGUCCACUAGCUUAUGAAAUCGAGGUUAUCUGAGAAUUUGAUCUUCCCACUCCAAGAAUUUUAUCUCAGUGACAAUGAACUUUUGAUGUAGACUCAGGACAUAUAUUUUUUAAUCGACAGCUGUGCUCUCUGCUCUUUGUGGCAAAGCUU